CGAUCGAAGGAUCGAUCAUCUCUGCUCCUUUUUUCGUGUCGGGGGUGUGGAUCGUCCGGCGGUUAGAAGUGCUCUAGAGCGAGACGUGGCUAUCCCGAAAUAAACUUUCUCGGGUUAUGUAAAGGCUGGCAACUGGCUUGUGUAGACUCGCCGGUAUAAAGGUCGGCUGUUCCUCCAACGGUCCAAGAGUUGCUCACGAACUUUACGCCAGCAACCAUCGGCCGCUCUAUAUGUGACGUACGCCUUCUUUAUCUCUUCACGCACGCACACGCACACACGUUAUUUUCUCGUGUUGGGAGAGAGCACGUGUACACCGCUGUGUAGUUUUCGGCAAUAUGCGCUCCUUGAUCUUCCUCGUUCUUGUCGCAACGGCUCACUGCCAAGAAUAUUUCCGGCAACCGGAAAAGAUCAUAAGCGAGAACCGGAACCUAGGCGACAAUCGUGGCCACUACUCGUUCACGUACGAGACCGAGGGUGGUAUCGUGCAAACGGAGACCGGAAGUCGAAAGUAUGCCGGCACGCCGUCCGAAACUCAGCUGAUCCAAGGCUCCGUGCAGUACAACGCCCCAGAUGGCACACCGAUAGCGAUUAGCUGGACGGCCGACGAAUUCGGCACUCAAGUUGCCGGUACUCACGUGCCAACACCACCCCCAAUACCGCCAGCCAUUCAGAGAGCUCUCGACUGGAUAGCGAAACAACCCUCGACCCCGGAACCCGAGGAGGCUGGUAAAGACUCGCCAAGCCAACAAAACGCUGUUCCAGCAAGCACUAAUCGGCAAUACAAACCGCCACGGACGAAUCAACGAAACUGAUUGCUCGUCGUGAUCGUGACUCGUUAGAAUACCUCCUUAGUCGUAAUAUCUUGUCUAACAUUUCUAUGUAAUUGUAAGUUAAUAUUUCCGUCUCGAAAUAUCGCGAGGUUUUUAGGUUAAGUUUGCGAAAACUUUUAGGUUAGGUUGACUUAUCUGACAUAUACGUGAGAAUUAUUAAUAAUUGCGUUGUGAUUGCGUUGUUUUUGUUAGAAAACAUUGGUUAAAGCAAAAAAAUAAUUUUAAAUCUUUGCGAAAUGUAUAUAAGGUUUUCUAUAUUUUGGUUAAAUGAAAAUAUUUCGAACAUUUGAAUGUAUGUUGAAAAAUAAGGAAAUGUUAGAUGAAAAAUUUUACUUAAGGAGGGAAUAUCUGUUAGAUACAAGUUUUUAUGUUAGUUUUUUUUUUUUACAAUGUACAAAAUAAAAUUUAUAUUUUCAUAGAAAA